UCAAAAUAUAAAUAAAUUACAAUUUAACAAAAAAAAUUUUUUAAAAUAUUACAAAAAUUAAUUUUCAAAAAUAUAUAAAAAUUGCAAUCAAACCUAACAAAAACAACAACUACACACAAAAAAGCAUUUCCGUAAUAUUUACUCAAUUGCGGCGAAGAGUGUAAAAAGAGGAAACGAUCGUUUUUUAAAAAAGAUCAAGAAAUAUAAAACAAACAACAAUAACAAUAAGCUUAAUACCACAAGCAAAAACAAAAACACAAGAAUUUAAGAAAAAAGCACAUUUCAUUUUAAAAACUAAAGCAUUUUAGAAAUUCUUUAGAAAAUAUUGAAAUCAGUUUAAAUUCAAACAUUUACGGCGACAGUCAUAUUUACCUUUUGUAAACGACCGAUCGCUACACAAAAAAAAAAAAAUUAAAUAAAAUAAAUUUUAAAUAAAAACAAAACAACAACAAAUAUAAUUUAUACAGCAACCAUUUUGAAAAACUAAAUUUUUUUAUAAAAAAAACUAAAAUGAAAUUUUUAAGAACUUUACGGUAGAACAUGAAAUGGUUUAAACGUGUGCGUAAAAAGUGUAUUUAAUACUUUUUUUCAAACAAAAUUUCAAAUUUACAAAAACACGCGUCUUUUGUCUUUAAAAACGUCCAAAACCAAAUAGAAAAAAGUUUUUUUCAAAAAAACUUUAAAAAUUACGCUUAUUUUUUUAUAAAAAAAAUACUAACUUUAAAAACUCUACUGUGUUAAGUGUUUAAAUAUAAGUUUUUAACUUUUAUCUCAUAUAAAUUAUUAUAAAUUUAAUUUAAAAAAAAAAAUGCCUGCUGUACGUCCUACCAUUAACCGUGAACGCAACGGUCACGUCCUGGUCUGGGAUCAGAAUAGCUUUAAUGAGAUUUUCGAAGAAAAUCGUCCAAAAGGUCUCUUUCAAACCCGCUACUUUGUCACGUUUAUGCUCUUUUUGGGCAUGGCCAAUGCCUAUGUGAUGCGUACCAAUAUGUCGGUAGCUAUUGUCGCUAUGGUCAAUCAUACCGCCAUUACAGCCGGUAAUGAUGAAGUUGUUUGGGAUGAUGAAUGUCCCGAUUCAAAUUAUUCAGAAGUGGAUCAUGGACAAGAUGGUGAAUUUGCUUGGGAUUCUGCCCUACAAGGUUAUAUUCUAUCAUCAUUCUUCUAUGGCUAUGUACUCACACAGAUUCCCUUUGGCAUGUUGGCCAAGAAAUACGGUUCCCUCAACUUCCUCGGCUGGGGUAUGUUAAUCAAUUCCGUUUUUGCUUUCCUCGUCCCUGUAGCCGCUCGCGAAGGUGGUGUCUGGGGUUUGUGUGUGGUACGUUUCAUUCAGGGUUUGGGAGAAGGACCCAUUGUGCCCUGUACGCAUGCUUUGCUGGCCAAAUGGAUACCACCCAAUGAAAGAUCACGUAUGGGUGCUGCGGUAUAUGCGGGUGCACAAUUUGGCACGAUUAUCUCUAUGCCCUUGUCGGGUUUAUUGGCUGAAUACGGUUUCGAUGGAGGCUGGCCCUCAAUUUUCUAUGUAUUCGGUGCUGUGGGUACAAUCUGGUCGGUGGCUUUCUUGAUCUGGGUCUAUGAGGAUCCUUCUUCACAUCCCAAGAUCGAUGAACGUGAAAAGAAAUAUAUUAAUCAUUCGCUGUGGGGUACCAAUGAUAUUAAGAUUCCUCCCAUCCCCUUCAAAGCUAUUUGCAAAUCUUUACCUUUCUAUGCCAUUUUGUUUGCUCACAUGGGUCAUAAUUAUGGUUAUGAAACUUUGAUGACUGAAUUGCCUACCUAUAUGAAGCAGGUGUUACGUUUCUCUUUAAAAUCAAAUGGUUUAUUGUCUUCUCUCCCUUACUUGGCUAUGUGGAUCUUCUCUAUGAGUAUUUCGGUGGUUGCCGAUUGGAUGAUCUCUUCAAAUCGCUUUAAUCAUACUUCUACUAGAAAGAUUAUGAACUCAAUUGGUCAAUAUGGUCCCGGUAUUGCUUUAAUUGCGGCCUCUUACACCGGCUGUGAUCGUGUCUUAACCUUGGCCAUCUUAACUAUUGGUGUGGGUCUUAAUGGUGGUAUUUAUUCUGGUUUCAAAAUCAAUCACUUGGAUUUGACUCCCCGUUUCGCCGGUUUCCUUAUGGCCAUCACAAAUUGUUCUGCCAAUUUGGCCGGUCUUUUGGCGCCCAUUGCCGCUGGCAAUUUAAUUCAUAAUCAGCCCACAAUUGCUCAAUGGCAAAAGGUAUUCUUUAUUGCAGCUGGUAUUUAUAUUGCCGCCGGUACCUUCUAUAACUUAUUUGCCUCGGGUCAACGUCAACCUUGGGAUAAUCCCGAUAAUGAUGAAAAAGACUCAAAUACCUUGGAGUCACAACAUCAAACUAGUCCUCCCACAAUUACAGGGUUACGCCCAGCCGCCAUUACCGCCACCCAAUAGUAUAUAGAUGUAAAUUAAACUAAUUAUUAUAUUAUUUAACAACAAAAAAUACAAAAAAGGCUAAGUUAGUAGUUGUUUUAGUUGAUAAGUUUAAAAACUAAAAGUAAUUAAAAAAAACCCCGAAAAAUGAGAAGAAAGAAACCACAAGUUAAAGAAAGUUUAAAAGAAGGCUAGAAAAAAAAGACAAAUUGAAAUCAGGAAUUACCAGGAUCACAGUAAAAUUUAAAAAAAAAAUUAAAACUAAAAACAGAACUAUUUAAGUUAUUAUUUAUUAAUUUUAAGUAAAUAAUUAAAUAAAAAAAAU